CGCGUUUCAAAAUCAAUUAUGAUGACUACUACUGAACGUUGUAUUCCGCUUGCCAGUAGUUGCCGUGUCCAGAUCCAGUAUUCCGGAUUUUCAGGGCGUUCGUACGCACGCCCUGCCGCUGCUGCUCGUGGAUCAACCCUGCUUCUUGUGUUUACAUCGAUAUCUUGGGUGAUGUAUGUACAUAGGACUUGAGUACCUAACGAGUCGCUAAGAGUUA